AUGAGCGACAUCCCUGAUGAGCCCGAUCGCAAUGAAGCAGCGCCUUUGUUAGCUGACUCUGAGGGCGGAAAUACAGGAGAAUGGCCUACGAAUAACUGGUGGACUGAGCUGUCGCUCAUCGCGCGCUACACUAUCCCUCUAGUGGCCACUUACCUACUGCAGUACUCUUUCAGUGUCAUCACCACCACGGCAGCUGGUCACCUCAGUCCCGAUGAUCUCGCCGCCUCCGCCAUCGGUGUCACCACCAUGACCAUCGGCGGCCUUGCUCUCUAUGAAGGAAUGGCCACAGCUCUCGACACUCUUUGCGCACAAGCCUAUGGAAGUGGAAACAAGACUGGUGUUGGACUGCACGUCCAACGCAUGUUGCUCUUGAUGACAAUUGUCACCGUCCCGGUCGCCAUCUUUUGGAUAAGCUCUCCGGCCUUUCUGACUCUUGUACUCCGACAAGACGAACUUGCUGCCAAAGCCGGUUCAUUUCUGCGCGUCAGUAUUAUUGGCAUCCCUGGAUACGCUUCAUUUGAGGCACUGAAGCGCUUCCUGCAAGCACAAGGCGACUUCAACACUGCCAUGCUUGUCUUGGUAGUUUGUGCCCCUGUGAAUGCCCUCCUCAGCUGGCUAUUCGCGUUCCGUCUCGACAUGGGACUUGAAGGAGCUGCUCUAGGAGCCGCCGUCGCCAACACUCUCCGACCAAUCCUUCUUCUACUGUGUAUCUUCUUCAAAAAGUCCACGCACCAGUGUUGGCCCGGUUUUACAACUCGCGCUUUCCAGGAUUGGGGCCCGAUGGUACGGCUGUCAGUGGCAGGAUCGGCUGUCACAUUGGCUGAGUGGGCCGCCUUUGAGAUCAUCACUGUUAGCACUUCGUACAUGGGCACGAUACACCUUGCUGCCCAGACGAUCUUGACCACAACAUCGAUUGUGAUGUGGCACAUCCCUUUCUCACUUGGCGUUGCAGUCAGUACGAGGAUCGGGCAUCUGAUCGGCGGGGGACAUGUCCUAGUUGCGCGUCGUGUCACUAUUCUUUAUGGUAUCUUGUUCGUGGCUCUUGGUACUCUAAAUGGUACGAUUUUGCUGUCACUCAGGAACUACAUUGGUCCAUUCUACACAGACGAUGACGCUGUGCGCCGCGUUGUGGCAGAUACAAUGUUCGCAGUCGCAGCUUACCAGGUUGUCGACUCGGUUAUUUGUGGAUGCAACGGGGUUCUCAGAGGUUUAGCAAAGCAGUCAGUCGCCGCGUGGGUUGUUUUCAUUGUCAACUACAUGGCUGCUGUCCCAUUUGCUGUGUGGCUGGAACUGGGACCCUUGCACUUCGGGCUGAAAGGUGUAUGGUCUGGAAUCAUAGGAGGUUGUGCCAUCAUUGCCACCAUUGAGAUUGUGUACAUGAUCAGAGUGGACUGGAGAAAGUCCGCUGAGGUAGUCAAAUCUAGGGAAGACUAG